GCAGAACUCGUGUUAGAGAGCUGCCGACUUUGCUAGCAGCGCACAUGCUACACGCUAGCUGUUUUUACAGAAGACGAACUUUUUAACAUGUAGCUAGCUAAUAGCUUCUGCUAUCUUUUUUAUUUAAAAUGGCUGAAACGUUGCCUCCGACACGGAAAGGAUUCCUGGACUUCAGUCCAAUAAAGAGAGAGGACGUUAACAAGGAGAACGACGUCCCGGUGUUGGUUUUGACCCUGUUUUCAAAGGCUCCCUUUGUGACAUUUGGGACAGUAAAGCUGGGCACCUCCAGGUCAGUUGUUCUGCGUAUUGAGAACCCGAAUGAGGAUGCAGAAGCGGAGGUCAUUGUUGAAAAGAUCCCAUCGAGUAAAGGCUUUUCUGUGGACCACAACACGUUCACGAUCCAGCCUGAGGAUUCAUUCACUCUGACAGUAACCUGGACCCCAACAGAAGAAGGUGGAAUCAGAGAGCUCAUCAUCUUUAGUGCCAAUGGAGUCCUCAAGCACCAGGCUGUGCUGCUGGGUAGAGCAGAGGCACCCAAAAAGAAAAAGAAAAGCUUAUGGGACACAAUCAAAAACAAAAAGGAGGGUGAAAAAGUCGCUGCGCCUAGGAGAAAGAAAACAGAACAACCACUGAAGAUGGCGGCCAACAAAACCUUCCAAGUGUCCCGAAAGCCACAGUACAAACGGGAAAAGCCACGCAGCCCACUUGCUUCUCUCAAUGAAGGCAAAGCUGUCAAAGAGAGGUCCCUCUCCAAGCACAGUCCCAUUGACGAUUACUCCCGGAAAUCAGAGGAGCAGAAGGUCUUGAAUCCCACCCAGAGGCAACGGUCUCUGGGAUUGUUGAACCAGGAGAAUAUCCAUCCUGUUCAGAGGAAUUCUCCUCUUGUCCUACUCGUCCCAGCUGUAAAGCUGAUGGACUCUGGCAACGUGUCUGCGAGCCCAGAUGUCUCGGUGGGCAAACCUGAUAAUCCAGAUCUUACCAAAAUGCUCAACAGGACGCUGUCACCUAUCGGGACACCAGAGAUGUUUAAGAAGCUCAUGCCACGCAUUCAGUCAGAUAACCCACUUUCUGUUCCUGAAAACCCUGUGGCUGAUGUUGAUGAUGCUGACAGUGUCUUAAGUGGAGCCCCUGUUCUCUCUUUGAAAGAUGCUCUCCUUCUCAUUGACUCGGAUCUGAGCCACAUUAUCACCAGUCCUCGAGAGACUAGUUCCAGCUGUGGCUUCUCAGAUUCACUGGAAUCCAAGAGUGGGAAUUAUGGCUAUGGACAUGACAGAGAUGCCAUCAAAGCAUUACAUGACAGCCCACAGGGGUCAGAGCCCAGUGAGCCAAGACUUACUUUCUUUGUCAGCAAAAAGGUUGUUGUGAGUGACGUUGUAGUUUCAGAGGCAGGUGAUGCUACGGAAGGGGUCAAAAAGGCCUCUUUUUCCUCUGCCACAGUGACCAAGGGCAAGGCACCAGUGGAGGCAAACCUUUCCAGUGGCAGGAAAUUAAAAAAGUCAAGGCGAAGGCUAUUGGAGAAAACACUUGAGCUGUCUGACAGCAGCAGUCAGUGUGAGUCUGGACCAGGCACUCCAAACCUUCCUGUUAUAGACGUUGACAGAGACACCCGGGGACGGCUAAAUUCUGAGGCUGCCAGCUCCCUGUGUGACAAUGGACACCGAGCCCAGGAGUUAAACCCCUCCAGUCUGACUCCAGGGCUCGACAGCUCACCUGCACCCAUCACCUUCCCCAUCACCUCCCCUCCAUCUAUGGCACCUACUUGCUUCUCUUUCUCAGGCCCUUCUCCAUCUCCUGUAACCCCCACUUCCAUUGCUUUUACUGUCACCUCGCCAUCGCCCUUGGGCUCAUCUUCUCCUCUCCACCACAGCCUCACACCUCGCAUUUCUCCAACUGUUUCGGCCCCUCAGUCGGUUCAGGAGGACUUGUUUCCGGUUCACAUGGCAGUGAAGAGCAAGAAGAGGAAGAGUGAGGAGUAUUUGAGAAGUGAUGAGAAGACCGAGGAUGCUGGGAAAACUGAGCAUGUCAAAAGGAGCAGGGUGGUAGCUGGAAAACCUGGGCCCCCAAGAUCAGUCCAGGAGAGGAGAAGUGUGUCCCAGAGGCAACAGCCGAGAACAGCAGGCUCUGUGCGAUUAAUGAACACAUCUCUAAAGACUGCGAGGUCUGUUGUUCCUGCUCAGGCAAAGCAGUCAAGCUCCAAACUCACCUCACGAGGUGUGCAGCCUCUGAAGUCAUCUGUUACUUCAUCAGCGAAGACAAAAGUUGUUGCUGUUGCACAGUCAAAGCUGACCUUUAUUAAACCGUUGCAAACAGCCAUACCGAGACACCCGAUGCCGUUUGCUGCUAAGAACAUGUUCUAUGAUGAGAGGUGGAUUGAGAAGCAGGAGCGAGGAUUCACGUGGUGGAUCAACUACGUCCUCACCCCAGAUGACUUUAAAGUUAACACUGAAGUCGCUAAAGUGAGUGCUGUGUCCCUUGUCAUGGGCAGCGAUGACAAGUACAGCGUGCCUAAAGCUCCCACCAAAGAGGAGAUGUCUUUCAGCACCUACACGGCCCGACGCAAGCUAAACCGCCUUCGUCGUUCAGCCUGUCAGCUGUUCACAUCGGAGGCCAUGGUCAAGGCUAUUCAGAGGCUGGAACUGGAGGUCGAGGCCAAGAGGCUGCUCGUCCGAAAAGACCGCCAUCUUUGGAAGGACAUUGGUGAACGCCGAAAAGUCCUCGACUGGCUCCUGUCGUACAAUCCACUGUGGUUACGGGUUGGGCUCGAGACGAUCUUCGGGGAGUUGAUCUCACUGGAGAGCAACAGCGACGUCUUGGGUCUGGCUAUGUUCAUCCUCCAGCGGCUGCUCUGGAACCCCGACAUCGCUGCUCAGUUCAGACACUCCAAAGUGCCCCACCUUUACAAAGACGGCCAUGAGGAGGCACUGUCCCGCUUUACUCUGAAGAAGCUGCUCCUGCUGGUGUGUUUCCUGGACAAAGCCAAAGAGUCCCGGCUGAUUGAACACAACCCCUGUCUGUUCUGCCUGGACGCAGAGUUCAAGACGAGUAAAGACCUUCUCCUGGCUUUCUCCAGGGACUUCCUGAGUGGAGAGGGGAUCCUCCCCCGGCACCUCGGCUACCUGGGGUUACCUGUCUCCCACGUUCAGACGCCCCUGGACGAGUUCAACUUCGCUGUGAAGAAUUUGGCAGUCGAUUUGAAAUGCGGCAUUCGUCUAGUGCGUGUGAUGGAGCUCCUCAUCCAGGACUGGAGUUUGUCGGCCAAGCUCCGUCUGCCAGCCAUCAGCCGCCUGCAGAAGGUCCACAAUGUCGACAUUGCUUUGCAAGUGCUCAAACGCAAAGGGGUUGACCUUAAGGAUGAAAACGGCUCUAACAUUGAUUCCAGAGACAUUGUGGACGGACACAGAGAAAAGACACUGAGCCUCUUGUGGAAAAUCAUCUUCGCCUUUCAUGUGGAGGUGAUUUUGGAUGCGGAUCAGCUGAGGGAGGAAAUUGGCUUCCUGAAGAAAACCUCAAGGACCAAACGGAGGCUAGCAUCUCUGAGGGCUGAUCGGGGCCCUCAGCCGAGUCCUGCAAAGACAAGGGCGCCGUAUGAACACAGCAGCACUAAGAUCACCCUGCUGAUGGACUGGGUCCGAGCUGUGUGUGACUUCUACAAUCUGAGGGUGGAGAACUUCACUGUGGCAUUCUCGGAUGGCCGCGUCCUCUGCUACCUUAUCCACCACUACCACCCCAGUCUCCUGCCAGAGGAGGCUGUCAGUCACAGCACCACCCAGACUGUCGAGUGCUCACCGAGGGGUCGCCUGGAGCUCAACUGCUCAGCCAGCGACUCCGACAACUCCUUUGACUCCUUGCCGACAGGCCUGAAUGGCCCAGAUUCUCCAUCAGUGGAAUUUAAAGAGCUGCUGGAGAAUGAGAAAAACAACUUUAGACUGGUCAACACUGCUGUGUCUUACCUGGGAGGAGUUCCUGCUAUGAUCAGCCCAGCUGACAUGUCCAACACCAUCCCCAAUGAGAAGGUUGUGAUGUCUUACCUGUCCUUCCUGUGUGCUCGUCUUCUGGACCUGCGGAACGAAACCCGAGCAGCUCGGGUCAUACAGGGCGCCUGGAGGAAAUACAGAUUAAAGAAAGAUCUGCAGCUCUACAAGGAAAGAAACAUGGCUGCUGUGAAAAUCCAGUUAGUUGUGAGGAGUUUUCUCCAGAGGCGCAGAGCUAAGAGGCAGAAUCAAGCUGCUGUUGUCAUCCAGUCAGUGUGGAGGGGUUACACAGCACGCAACAGGCUGAGGCUAAAGAAACAGGCUCAACUUAGGGCUCUGCAACAUGAAGCAGCAACUGUCAUCCAGGCUCAGUGGAGGAUGUUUUCGGCCAUGAGGGCUUACCAACGCCUCAGGUACUACGCCAUUGUUGUCCAAGCACAAUGGCGAAUGAGGAGGGCCGCCUCCGCUUAUGGAAGAAUCUACUGGGCAGCAACUGUCAUUCAGAGGCACUCGCGAGCAUGGGCUCUGGCAAGAAGAGAUCGGGAACAUUAUCUUUCCCUUAAAGCUGCAACGGUGAAAAUACAAAGCGGGUACAGAAGAUGGAAAACCCAGAAAACAGAGAAGGAAAACCGUGCUGCAAGAGUGAUACAAGCCGUGCUCAAGAAAUGGUACAAGGAAAAAAUGGUUGAAAAAAUUGCUGCUGCUGUGAAGAUUCAGUCUUGGUAUAGAAUGCAGAGGUGUCUCCACCAAUACAGGAAGAUUAAGAGAAGCACUGUGCUGAUUCAAGCCCAGUACAGAGGUCAUGCACAGAGGCGCUGGUUUCAGAUAUUAAAGCUGCAGCACCGCUCAGCUGUUGUCAUUCAGAGGGCCUUCAGAGGGCAUGCUGUCAGACAACAGGUGGUGAAGAUGAGAUGUGCUGCAGUCAUAAUCCAGCGCUGGUACAGGGCCUCUGUGAAAAGAGACAUGGAAAGGCAAAUGUUUGUGAGGAUGAAAUGUGCCGCCAUUACCAUACAGGCAGCUUAUCGUGGAAAAGUGGCCCGGGAGUUGCUGAAAAAACAGCACGAGGCAGCAACCAUAAUCCAGGCAGCUUUCAGGAAGUACACUGCCCAAAGGCGCUACCUUGUCCUGAGAAAAGCUGCAGCUGUGAUACAGCAAAAGUACAGAGCCACAAUUUUGGCUCGUAAGACAAAGAAGGAUUAUGUUGCUCUUAGGAGUGCUGCACUUGCCAUCCAAGCAAACUGGAGAGGCAGGGCUGUCAGGAAGAGAAUAGAGAAGCAGCAUCAGUGUGCAACAUUGAUACAGGCUUACUACCGUCGGCACAAAGCGCAAGCAGAAUACAGGUCUAAGAGGGCCUGCGCCUUGACCAUACAAUGUCACUACAGAGCUUUUGUGGCUGGAAAAGAGACGAGGAAAGCAUACCUCCACAUGAGAACAGCUUGUGUUACAGUCCAAGCUGGAUUCAGAGGCAUGAGAGUUAGGACAGAGCUGAAGAAAAAGCACCAGGCAGCGACUGUCAUUCAGUCAUCAGUCAGGAUGUUUUUAUGCAGGAAACGGUAUUUCCUCUUACAAAGUGCAGCAAUUAUCAUCCAAAGCCGAUACAGAGCUCUCCUUGUUUGCAGGGCGCAGCAAAAUGAAUACAAAGAGCUAAAGCAGGCCACCAUAAAGAUACAAGCUGUCUACCGGGGAUUUAGAGCGAGAGAAGACCUAAAGAAGAGGCACAACGCUGCCACAGCAAUCCAAGCUCAGUUCAGGAUGCACAGAAUGCGUAUGGCUUACCUUGCCACCAAGUGUGCUGCCAUCAUUGUUCAGGAAUGCUACAGGGCAAAAAUGCUCAGGGAUCAACAGAUGCAGAGGUACAGGACAAUGAAAUCCGCAGCUUUAGUCAUCCAGGCAGCAUAUCGUGGCCACAGGGCCAGGAGCAAGAUUGCAGAGAUGCACCGAGCUGCUACAGUCAUUCAGAGAAAGUUUCUCACAUUUCGGGAUAGAAGGAGAUUCCUAGCAAUCAGAGCAGCAGUUUGGGUUUGUCAGCAGAGGUACAGAGCAGUGACCCUGGCAAGAAAAGAUCGUUUCGACUAUUUGUCAAAGCGCAAGGCAGUCAUCUGUUUGCAGGCGGCCUACAGAGGAGGUAGGGUCAGAAAGCAGUUGCGCAUCCAGCACGUGGCAGCUGUAAUAAUCCAGUCUCACUUCCGAAAGUACCAGCAGAGAACCUACUACAAGACUCUCCACAGGGCUGUCAGUGUUUUGCAAGCCCGUUACAGAGCCAACAAGAAAAUGAGAGAGCAGAUGCAAGCCCUGAGUGCCAAGAGAAAUGCUGCUGUUGUCUUACAAGCUGCCUUCCGUGGAAUGAAAUCCAGACGAAUCGUCAAACAAAGGCAUCAAGCUGCCGGUGUUAUCCAGAGAGCUUACAGAGCUCACUGUGAGCGCAAACAGUAUCUUACCUUGAAAUCCUCCAUCCUCAACAUUCAGCGGAGGUAUCGUGCCACUGUAGCAGCAAAGGAACAAAUGAAACAAUACCUGCAAAUUCGCAAAGCAGCAGUCAUCCUUCAGGCAGCAUACAGAGGUCAGCAGGUCAGAAAAGAGGUUGCUCGUUGGCACCAGGCUGCCACUGUUGUACAGUCUGCAUUCAGAAAGCACAGAGAGGAAGUGAAAUUCCAGGCCAUACGUCUAGCUGCCAUUAUCAUCCAGAGGCACUAUCGCUCCUGUAUUCUUCAGAGGCAAGAAAGGGGAAAGUUCCUAAAAGCCAGACAUUCUGCUACUGUUCUUCAGGCAGCUUUCAGAGGCCAUUGUGUGCGGAGCAGCAUCGCCAAGAUGCACAGGGCAGCUACUGUCAUUCAAGCAAACUUCAAGAGGCAUAAACAGCAGUCAGCCUUUAGGAGACAGCUCCGGGCAGCAUGUGUUCUACAGCAGAGGUUUAGAGCUCAGAGACAGCGAAACAUUGAGGUAAAACUUUAUCAACGGCGCAGAAAAGCAGCCAUCGUGUUACAGGCUGCAUAUCGUGGAAUGAAAACAAGGCAGAACAUCAAACAAAGGCAUCAGGCUGCUAGUGUUAUCCAGAGAGCUUACAGAGCUCACUGUGAGCGCAAACAGUAUAUUAACUUGAAAUACGCCGUCCUCAACAUUCAGCGGAGGUAUCGUGCUACUGUAACAGCAAAGGAACAAAUGAAACAAUACCUGCAAAUUUGCAAAGCAGCAGUCAUCCUUCAGGCAGCAUACAGAGGUCAGCAGGUCAGAAAAGAGGUUGCUCGUUGGCACCAGGCUGCCACUGUUGUACAGUCUGCAUUCAGAAAGCACAGAGAGGAAGUGAAAUUUCAGGCCAUGCGUCUAGCUGCCAUUAUCAUCCAGAGACACUAUCGCUCCUGUAUUCUUCAGCGGGAAGAAAGGAAAAACUUCCUAAAAGCCAGACAUUCUGCCAUUGUUCUUCAGGCAGCUUUCAGAGGCCAUCGUGUGCGGAGCAGCAUCGCCAAGAUGCACAGGGCAGCUACUGUCAUUCAAGCAAACUUCAAGAGGCAUAAACAGCAGUCAGCCUUUAGGAGACAGCGCUGGGCAGCAUGUGUCUUACAGCAGAGGUUUAGAGCUCAGAGACAGAGAGACAUUGAGGUAAAACUUUAUCAACGGCACAGAGAAGCAGCCAUCGUGUUACAGGCUGCAUAUCGUGGAAUGAAAACAAGGCAGAACAUCAAACAAAGGCAUCAGGCUGCUAGUGUUAUCCAGAGAGCUUACAGAGCUCACUGUGAGCGCAAACAGUAUCUUAACUUGAAAUACGCCGUCCUCAACUUUCAGCGGAGGUAUCGUGCCACUGUAACAGCAAAGGAACAAAUGAAACAAUACCUGCAAAUUCGCAAAGCAGCAGUCAUCCUUCAGGCAGCAUACAGAGGUCAGCAGGUCAGAAAAGAGGUUGCUCGUUGGCACCAGGCUGCCACUGUUAUACAGUCUGCAUUCAGAAAGCACAGAGAGGUAGUCAAAUUCCAGGCCAUGCGUUUGUCUGCCAUUAUCAUCCAAAGACGCUAUCGCUCCUAUAUUCUUCAAAGACAUGUCAGAAGAAAGUUUUUAAAAGUAAGACAUUCUGCUAUUGUUCUUCAGGCAGCUUUCAGAGGUCAUCGUGUCCGGAGCAGCAUCGCCAAGAUGCACAGGGCAGCUACUGUCAUUCAAGCAAACUUCAAGAUGCAUAAACAGCAGUCAGCCUUUAGGAGACAGCGCUGGGCAGCAUGUGUCUUACAGCAGAGGUUUAGAGCUCAGAGACAGAGAGACAUUGAGGUAAAACAUUAUCAACAGCGCAGAAAAGCUGCCGUCAUGUUACAGGCUGCAUAUCGUGGAAUGAAAACAAGGCAGAACAUCAAACAAAGGCAUCAGGCUGCUAGUGUUAUCCAGAGAGCUUACAGAACACACUGCAGACACAAGCAGUAUCUGACCUUAAAGUACUCCGUCCUCACCAUUCAGCGGAGGUAUCGUGCCACUGUAGCAGCAAAGGAACACAUGCAAAAAUACCAAAAAAUGCGCAACUCAGCAGUCAUCCUUCAGGCAGCAUACAGAGGUCAGCAGGUCAGAAAAGAGGUUGCUCGUUGGCACCAGGCUGCCACUGUUAUACAGUCUGCAUUCAGAAAGUACAGAGAGGUAGUCAAAUUCCAGGCCAUGCGUCUAGCUGCCAUUAUCAUCCAGAGACACUAUCGCUCCUGUGUUCUUCAGAGGCAAGAAAGGAAAAACUUCCUAAAAGCCAGACAUUCUGCUAUUGUUCUUCAGGCAGUUUUCAGAGGCCAUCGUGUGCGAAGCAGCAUCGCCAAGAUGCACAGGGCAGCUACUGUCAUUCAAGCAAACUUCAAGAGGCAUAAACAGCAGUCAGCCUUCAGGAGACAGCACUGGGCAGCCUGUGUCUUACAGCAGAGGUUUAGAGCUCAGAGACAGAGAGACAUUGAGGUAAAACAUUAUCAGGAGUUAAAAAAAGCUGUCAUUAAUCUACAAGCUGCCUUCCGUGGAAUGAAAUCCAGAAGAGUCCUCAAACAAAGGCAUCAUGCUGCCAGUGUUGUUCAGAGAGCUUACAGAGGCUACUGCGAACGCAAGGAGUAUCUGAAAUUGAAAUUGUAUGUCCUUAUCAUUCAGCAAAAAUAUCGGGCUUCUGUUGCAGCUAAAGCACAAAGAACUCAAUACCUGGAAAAACGCAGUGCCGCUGUCGUCCUUCAGGCAGCAUACAGAGGCCAGCAGGUCAGAAAGGAGGUUGCCCGUCAGCACCAGGCUGCAACUGUUAUACAGUCAGCAUUCAGAAAGUACAGAGAGGAAGUCAAAUUCCAGGCCAUGCGUCUGUCCGCCAUUAUCAUCCAAAGACGCUAUCGCUCCUGUAUUCUUCAGAGGCAAGAAAGAGAAAAGUUCCUCAAACUGAAGCGAUCCACCAUCACCAUUCAGGCAGCGUUGAGAGGCUGGGGUGUCAGGAGGAACAUUAGGCGACAAAACCGAGCCGCCAUUGUGAUCCAAUCGUGCUGGAGAUCCUCAGUGCAGAGGCGUAUCUUCCAACGAAAGAGGGAGGCAGCUGUGAAACUUCAGCGGAGGGUCCGGGCAGUGCAGUUUAGCAGAUUGGAGAGGAACAACUACCUCCAAAUGAAAAAGGCUGCCAUCACUCUUCAGACGCACUGUCGAGCCUGGAUUGCAAGACGACAGGUACUAGAGAGCGCCAAAGCAGAGAGGAGGCUCCGUUUUACAUCUGCGGUCUUCCACCAUCUCAGUGCCAUGAAGAUCCAACGAGCUCUGAGAGCCCACUGGGCUUUGGAGUCAGCCAAAAGACAAAUCCAUUCUGUCAUCACCAUACAGCGAUGGGUGAGAGCGAGGCAGCAGAGGAGACGUUAUCUAGAGGACAGGAGGAAGGUGGUUAUAGUUCAGAGAGCGGUCAAGCGCUUGUUAGCUCGUCGCCACAAGGCCGCGUCCGUCAUCCAGCAGGCCGUCCGCAAAUUCCUCCUCCACGGGCGCCAGAAGAGGGUUCAGCGUGGCAUCAUCAAAGCUCAGGCUCUGUGGAGAGGACACCGCUCCCGCCGACUGAACGACAAUCCCAAAGUGGUGAAGUUGAGACACAAUUUGCGCAAAGUCUCCGCCAGCGUCCGAGAGGAGGACAAACUUUGCAACAAGACAUCGUCUGCCCUGGACUACCUCCUUCGAUACAAACACUUCUCCUACAUCCUAGAGGCCCUGAAAAACUUGGAGACCGCCACCAGGCUGUCCCCAGAGUGCUGUGAGCGACUGGUAGAGAGCGGAGCCACCAACGUCAUCUUCACACUCAUCCGCUGCUGCAACAGGAGUGUCCCCUGCAUGGACGUCAUCACCUACUCCAUCCAGAUCCUCCUCAACCUCUCCAAGUAUCACAAGACCAUCGAGGCGGUGUAUUCGGUGGAAAACUCUGUGGAGACGCUUUUAGACCUCCUGCAGCGGUACCGGGAGAAGGCAGGGGAUAAAGUGGCAGAAAAGGGCGGCAGUAUCUUCACCAAGGCCUGCUUCCUUCUGGCUCUCCUCCUGCAAGACCAGCACCGUGCUGUGGAGGUUAUGAAGCUUCCCAAGCUCUUGGAUAGGAUACGCAGUAUUUACCGCCUCACCGCUCGCAAACAGAAGAUGGACGCUGAGAGAACUGUGAUGAAACAGAAGAUGAACGCAUCACUGAAUGGGAGCUUCUUCGUUCAGGCAACGCCUCGCAAAUCUCGCCCUGUGCCAAAAUUUGCACCGGACUGGGUACUCAGAAAGGACAAACUCAAAGAUAUUGUGGAUCCUCUCAGAGCCAUUCAGAUGGUGGCACACACUCUGUCAAUUGUAUUGUAAAUAGACUUUUGCAUCUUGUUUCAUCAUCUCAUUUUUUUUCAACUUCAGAAAAUAUUGUUUUAUGUAUUGUUUUAGCUUUUUAUUCCCAUUUCCAUAUUUCCCUUGUAUAUAUUAAAAUGGAUUUGUUUCUUAAACA